AAUAAGGGUGCAUAUUUACUAAAUCACCACCUUAAUAAUGACUAAUGAGUGUAUGACUUAUCUGUCUGAUGCAGGGACUGGCUUGAACGGCCUACAUUAGCUCACUACAUAAACAAAAACAAUGACGCAAAGGCUUUUGUUUGGAGGCGGAGCUGCUAGUCUCAUCCGAACCAUAUUCUCUAAUACGCCGCCGUUUCCACCUAUCCGGACCUUGGCGGUCAUGGCUUCCGGCAGCUCCGAUGAAUUCGUCAGAGGAAAUGUCCACCCGAAUGGCGUCGCCGUCAUCACCCUCGAUCGUCCCAAAGCUCUCAACGCCAUGAAUUUAGACAUGGAUAUAAGGUACAAGAGCUUUUUGGAUGAAUGGGAAUCGGACCCAAAGGUGAAAUGUGUCUUAAUUGAGGGCAGCACCCCGCGUGCCUUUUGUGCAGGAAUGGAUAUUAAGGGCGUUGUUGCCGAAAUCCAAAAGGACAAAACCACUUCUCUUGUGCAAAAGGUUUUCGUGGAAUCUUGAGAUUUGUCCUACAAAUGUCCAUUAACCAUUCUAUGGUUGUUUUUGGCUGAACUCUCAUUGUGUUGUGGUCAUGCGAGUUAGUGGCAUGCAUAGACUGUAGCCUAGCAGCAUGAAUUGAUGUCAUAUAUUCAUAUCAUUUUAUUUUGAGGACAUUUUUGUUACACUUCAAUGAACAUUAGCUCAUGGAUCAUAGAAGUGGUGUGUGUCGUUUUACCUGCAGGUGGUGAUAUCAAGCAGAUUACAACCAAAAAGCAACUAUCUGAUAUGAUUGAGGUCUUGAAAUGUAUUU